GCGAGGAACCGACUGGGAUGGACAGCAACGAGAGCGUGUACGAAGGGAGCGGGUCGAGUUUGGUCGUGCUAGGACUGGCCACAGCGGCACCGGAGCAGCGGCACCGGAGCAGCGGAACCGGAGCAGGCGGACGGCAUCGAACCGUGGCGCACGGACAAGCAUCUCUUGUGUUAUCAAUUAUUUUCCCGUUUUUUUCCUGAAUACAGGUGUUGGGUGUAUGUGACGACGUCACUGGUUUUGUAGAGAGACGCGGCAGAGAUGGCGCGGAUAAUCCU